CACACUCAGUUUCAGUCGUUCUCAGGGUUCGGGAGGACCGCACCUCCUCACUCCAAUUAUCGUUUAGUUUUAAUUUUUUCAUUUUUUCUUCUUUCAAAUUUUUCCGACCCCUUUUACGAACAAAAACGACUUCGCCAUGGACGCCGAGGCAAUCCUCGACAUCGCGAACCAAGUCACGAAACUGAAAAUGUUUCCUUAUUUCGACAUAGCGCAUAGCGUUCUGUGCGCGCUGCACGUUCGCGAGGAUUUGGGCCCAGGAGCUCAUGCAUUUUCCAGGAAGCAUCCAUUGUCUUGUUGGCUAUCAACGAUGCUUGUUGUCUUCGCUGGUGGCAUGCUGUGUAAUGGCCUCCUCGGAGAACCCAUACUCGCACCUUUGAAAAAUACUCAACAACUCGGCGUUGCAACUGCUGUGUGGUACCUAGUAUUUUAUACUCCAUUCGAUAUUGGAUACAAGUUUUCAAAAUUUCUACCAGUAAAACUUAUCUUUUCUGCAAUGAAAGAAACGUACAGAUGUAAAAAGGUAUACGAUGGUGUUACACAUGCUGCAAAAUUAUAUCCGAAUGCUUACGUGAUUAUGAUUCUGAUUGGAACCUUAAAAGGAAAUGGUGCUGGAUUUACAAAGCUCAUUGAAAGGCUCAUUCGUGGUGUGUGGACACCGACUGCGAUGGAGUUUAUGCAGCCAAGUUUCCCAACCAAAGCGUGCAUCGUAGCAUCAAUUAUUUUUGUUUUGGACCAGAAAACCGAUCUGAUAUCAGCUCCACAUUCACUUGUCUACUUUGGAAUUGUCAUAUUCUUCGUUUAUUUCAAACUGUCCUCUAUUCUACUCGGUAUACACGAUCCUUUUGUCCCAUUUGAAAAUCUUUUCUGCGCUUUCUUCUUGGGAGGCAUUUAUGACUCCCUGGCUAAAGUUUUCGGAGGUUCGAAAGAGGACAAAGGAGAUUCUAAGAAGAAAGAUUAAUGGUAGAGGUGGAGGUUGAGAAAAGCUGGUGGCCAUUCUAGUCUUUCAACAAUGAUGGAAAUUCUCCCCGAUUCCAUAUAAAUAAAAAUCGAUUUUGUAAUUUUUAGGAAUGUAUUGUUCCGUCUUAUUUUUAUUUUAACAACUCAACUGAAAUGUGGGUACAGUUGUUUUUUUAAAAUAAAAUCGCAAAACCAAAAAAAAACACUUAAAUUUUUACAUACCAAUCUUAUUUAUUUACAUUGAUUAAAAUGUGACUAAGCAGCA